GAGCAGAAACACUUUCUUACCUGUACAAGGAUUGUAGGUAAAUAAUCAGAGCCAUCUGUUUUCUUGCACCUUAAUGUCAUACCGUACUUAAGCCCUCACUUUCUCUUGUUGCAGCCUCAAUUUCACCAACCAAAAGUCGCACAACUUCACAGUAGGACAGCACACAAACACUCACCACACCACCCAACAAAUCAUCCAUCAGUAUGGGCUGCAUCAAGACGAUAUUGGCACUCUUCACCACCGCUACCCUCCUCACCGCGCUGCCAUUCCACCCUGUCACCCGCGAUGGUGGCCUUUCCUGCGACACAAUUUGCAUGCGUCGCCUGAUCUACGAGGUAGCUUACGCCUCAAGUGCUGGUGGCGUUGAGCUUGUUGCGGACGCUUACGGGUCAACUUCCUGGUGUCUGUCGGACGACAACGACUGGUGCCCUCCCGCCGUAGAUGCCGUUGUUAGCAAUAUCGUCGCAGCGGUUGUUGCCAACGCCUCCUCGCCCUCCGAGCAAGAUGGGCCGGAGCAACUCGUCAAGACUCUGGCUGACACCAGCAACCGUGCGGCCGUGCUUGCCAUGUCCUGGGCAACCCAAGUGCUCAACAACAGCGUAGGUGGUGAGCCCGAGACUGCGGUGAAGUACACCAUCUACCACCUCAGUGAGCACGUGUCGUCAGACGUCAACGCCGCAGCACUUAGCGGCGCACUUCAGGCUAACCAGCCGCCUGCACUUGUGAGCAGAGAAAUCAUGCAGAGCGCGGUAGCACGCCGCGACGACUCGGAGCACAAGAAAGCCAUCAUCAUCGGCACCACCGUUCCACUUGCUGUGCUUGGUCCGUUUCUGGGUGGAGCUGCAGCUACCAACGUCUUCGACGCUCAGAAUACACCUUUCUACAACCGCAUCCUCACCGGCCUUCAAGCCGACAAUGUCCUCGACUCUUCUCACUGGCUACGCUACAUGCUCGGCAACGUCGGACAGCAGAUCAAGCAUUCAGCUUCUACGGUCAAACAGAGCUACGUCGAUUGGAUACACCGCUUGAGCGGACCAUCACUCGACGAGAUCACCUUCCGCAACACUCAGCAGAAUGCCUACUCCACGAGCCAACAGUUUGCAGACUCCAUGCCGCAGGCUGCAGAAGCGACCGAGGCUACCGAAGCCAACCAGUACUUCCGCACCGAAGCCUUCGAUCCCGGUAAUGGCGUUCUAGAACAAGCCACGCUCCAAGAUGCCAGCGAGUUGCUCGAAAGCGGAAGCCAGUACUGGAGGGAUCAGACUACACCGCUGCGGAACAGCGGACUCAGGCCGUAUCGUGUGAUGAAUGCUGACGGGCUGCCGAGAGAGUUUCGCAUGAAGGAUGGUAUGACGCUAAGGGAAGCGCGCAUUGCCAAAGGCAGAGAAGGGAUGAGGACCAGGUACUGGGAACGGCCGGAUGACGUGAUCUCGUGGCAGGAUCCAAGAACGUUGACCCCGAUUCAUGAAACUGCGUGGCAGCAACUCGGAGAGGGCAGCCAGCGGGUGCUGACGGAGGGUAGCGAAGCGGUGCUUGACAGUCUUGGCCAGCCUGUUAUCGGCACUCAAGGCGCGGAGGGUGUGCCAGUCGAAUUGAACACGUUAGAGCCUGUCGUGUCCGAUGCGGCGUCGAUCCGAUCGACCGUGUCGUUUGGUCUGAGAGACUCCGAGGGCAGGCCGGUAGAUGGUCUCUCCAGACAUGUUACGUUCAACAGAAAUGAUCCGCCAUCGGAUAUCCUGCGUCAGCUGCAGCAGGGAACGACCGACAGCAUGUCGAUGAUCGAAGCGACUCCGUCCGCAUAUGCAACGACAGCGAUGGCAACCACAACGGCACUUACAACGAUAGAGCCGGCUUCGCCAACCACCGAGCCCGCCAGUGACGCGACCAUGCCACCCAUAAUAGCUUCAAGCUCGACGGAGUCCCCAAUAAUGUCCAGCAGCACAUCUACAUCGACAAGCAAGCCAACCCCAAGUAACAACUCCAAAUCCCCCCCAGCGCCUGCGCAUAUGCCGGACCUGCCGUACGAGUGCACGGACCUAUUCUUCUACCAGCACUGCAACAUCGGAAGUCACUGUGACAAGCCUGCUUACUGUGAUUCGUACUUCCCGGGUGGCGCGGGGAUCACUAGGAGGGAAAGGGAAAGGUGGGAGGUCGCGCACAUGCACGCAGCAGUGCAGGCGGGAGUGUGAUAGAUACGUGCGUCAGUUUUUCCAACACUUGCAAGGUAGGCAUGUUAGAAUAGGCUUUUGUGAGCGGGCCUCAUCACGACAUUCAGUUGUGAGGCCAAGUUCAGAGCGUGCCCAUAGCUAUUAUCACUUUGUAGCCUUCGUGUUGACACAUUCAGAUUGUUACUCCAUCCUUUUCGGAGACGCAACUCUUUAGAUGGUCACUAGGCUUACAGAGCAUUCUAUCUUAUCCGC